AAAGGAUCAGAUGGAUGGUGGUAAUUAAGCAUUUCGCUCAAGUCGGUAUAGUCAUCUUUUAUCAAGCCUUCAUUGUGGAGCGCUUUGUCAUACCGGUUUUUAAUGUUUUUGGUACGCGAGACUUGGAACAAAAAUGGUACAUCAAGAGCACUCUCGAUGCGAUUAUUCCCUGCCUUUUCAUAUUAAUCUCCGGAAACUAUCUUCUGCUGCACGCAUGGAUGAAUGGUUGGGCGGAAAUAUUGCGAUUUGCUGAUCGAUUGUUUUAUAAAGAUUGGUGGAAUUCCACGAAUUUCAGUGUUAUGUUCCCCAGAUGGAACGUGGUGGUACAUGACUGGCUCUAUACAUAUGUCUAUAAAGAAAUGUAUAAAAUCGCGCCACGCAAUAGAUCGCUGUCAAUAUUCAUCGUGUUCUUCCUCUCCUCAAUCGUUCACGAUUAUAUCGUGGGGUUUGCGUGUCGCUUUUACUGUCCAACAUAUUUCAUUAUGUUCUUGGGCUUUGGCUGCUCUUACACUUUCGCCAAGAGGUACGUCAACAGCAACAUUUUCUUUUGGAUAUGCAUCUGCGUAUGCAUGGCUCUUAUGUUCAGCACGUACUCGAUGGAGUACUACGCUCGACUUAACUGCGCACCUCACCCCAAUUACUACGUGGACCUAUUCCUGCCGCGCAGCUGGAAUUGUCUGCGUGUGGAAGAUCCUAUUAGCGAUUAGCAAUGAAUUGUUUUUGUGAAACUAUUUGCUUACGAUGUUUUUACUCGUAUACAUUUAUCUGCGUGCAUUUCUCUACUGUCGGAAAGAUUAUUUACAAUAAAAAAGAAAAAUGAUGUUGAUUUAUAAUCUGAAAGAAAAUGUAAUCUAAAAAUUAGUAAAUAAAGUAAUGUAAUAAAUCGAAAGCUGAACAAUUCUUUUAUGAUUCAAGAUACCUGAAAUUUUCAAUUUUACAUUAAUUAUAAUAAGAUAGAUUUAAUGUACGAAUUUAUAUAAAAAGGGAUAAUCUUUUAUUAGCGAAUGUAUGUAUAUGUACGCCUCUCAGGUUCUGCGCGGCCAAGCAGAAACCCAUGUGUUUCAGCCUGUAUAAAUUAAUUUAUGUCGUACACAGUCGAUAUACAUGUACAUACAAUCUCCUUCACAUUUAUACAAUCUUUCUUCGAAAUAUUUUAUAUAUGUGCAAAUAUAUAUAUAUAUAUAUAUAUAUAUAUUUACAUAUCAUGAUGUAUUCCUCUUCAUUCCUUGCACACACAAAAUUCUCUCAGAGAAGAGAAAAGACAAGACAAAUAUACGUUCGCGCGCAAUACACAAUCAAAUUAUCUCCUUAUAUAACUUCAUAUGUUGCUUAUACGUGGCUUUUGAUUCCCGUCGAUUUCGUUGCUGCAACGAUCUAUCGCUUCUUCAUCCGCAAAAAAUAAUCUGUAUACAUAAUGAGAAUCGAGAAGCGCUCGAGCUACGACGUUCGAUUCUCUCCGAUUGACUCCUACUAGAUCGAAAAAUAGAGCAGGUGACUGUAUAUCUUAUUUAUAAAUAUUUGUACCUAGAUUCGCGCUCGUUCGCUCAGACAGUCGUACAUAUGAAUAGCAAAUAUGAUCAUCCAACAACGCAAAAGUCUACGAGUCCAUUGAGAUUAUUAAACUCUUGCGCUGAAGGAAGAGUGAUGAGUGUCCGAUGAAAACGAACGGAAACGCAAAUUCAUCAACAGCACAGCUCUAAAAUUCGUUAACGACUAAUCGGAACAGCGAGCUCCAGCUUCACUAGCUCAUUUCACGAUAAGAUAAACAGCUGUCUAUAGAAUCUCUCUGUCGUUCGUACUAUACGAGCUAUCUCGACAGGAUAUUUCGUCGUAGAAAUAACGUGCGAACGAUUAUCUGGAAGAAUGAGUUUUGUACCUAGAAUGUAUAAAAGAAACUUUCUUUCUUUUUUCAAGAUCGCCGAAUUUGGAUCGCAUUCCAAAAUCCUGUCUUAAAU